CGGCUCCAGCGAUGACAUGGCCAGCGGCGCGGGGUCGGUGACGGCGGCGGACUGCUGGCAGCGGGUGGUUCGCGUGUUCCAAUCCAAGAAGUUCCAGUCGCGCAAGCUGGAGCGUCUCUACCAGCGCUACUUCUUUAGGCUCAACCAGAGCUCGCUCACGAUGCUGAUGGGCGUCUUGGUGAUCGUUUGUGGGGUCAUGCUCACGUUCCACUGCAUCCACGGACCGCCCGAUGUGGUCUACGCCUCUGUGCUCUCCGUGGCCAUGGCCCUGUUCUUGGUGCUAAUGGUGGUGUGCAACCGAAAUGGGUUCCACCAGGACUACAUGUGGAUGGUCAGCUACCUUGUGAUUGGAGUGCUAAUCGUGGUGCAGGUGUUCGGGGUGCUGAUGGGGGCCCCCCGCAGCGCAUCCGAGGGGAUCUGGUGGUCCGUCUUCUUCAUCUACAUCAUCUACACGCUGCUGCCCGUGCGGAUGAGGGCGGCAGUGCUCAGUGGAGGAGUUCUGUCCUCCAUACACCUCCUCACCACGUGGAGGAUCAAUCAGGACGAUGAGUUCCUCUGGAAGCAGCUGAGUGCAAACGUGCUGAUCUUCCUGUGCACCAACAUCAUUGGGAUCUGCACCCACUACCCAGCAGAGGUCUCUCAGAGACAAGCCUUUCAGGAGACGCGAGGCUACAUCCAGGCCCGACUGCACCUGCAAAGAGAAAACCAGCAGCAGGAACGCCUGUUGCUGUCUGUUUUGCCAAGACAUGUUGCCAUGGAAAUGAAGGCUGACAUCAAUGCUAAAAAAGAAGACAUGAUGUUUCACAAGAUCUACAUCCAGAAGCACGACAAUGUCAGUAUUUUGUUUGCAGACAUCGAGGGUUUCACUAGUCUGGCAUCGCAGUGCACUGCUCAGGAGCUGGUCAUGACUCUAAACGAGCUGUUUGCCCGCUUUGACAAGCUGGCUUCGUCAGAAUUGGUGCGAGAGGUCACAGGGGUCAAUGUAAACAUGCGGGUCGGGAUCCACAGUGGUCGUGUGCACUGUGGAGUUCUUGGAUUGAGAAAGUGGCAAUUCGACGUGUGGUCCAACGACGUAACGCUGGCCAACCACAUGGAGGCUGGAGGCAAAGCCGGGAGGAUCCAUAUCACUAAAGCUACUCUGCAGUACCUGAAUGGAGACUAUGAGGUGGAGCCAGGUUUUGGAGGGGAGAGAAACGCCUACCUGAAAGAGAACAGCAUUGAGACCUUCCUAGUGUUGGGCUGCAGUCAAAAGCGGAAAGAGGAGAAGGCCAUGAUGGCUAAGAUGCAGCGCACGCGGACGAACUCUAACGAGGGUCUGGUACCGCGAUGGGUGCCUGACAGAUCCUUCUCCAGGACUAAAGACUCCAAAGUCUUCAGACAGAUGGGCAUAAAUGAAUCAUCCAGCAAAGACAACCGUGGUGCUCAGGAGGCGCUGAACCCCGAGGACGAGGUGGAUGAGUUUUUGGGCCGUGCCAUAGACGCUCGCAGUAUCGACCAGCUCCGCAAAGACCACGUGAAGAAGUUCCUCCUCACCUUCCAAACCUCCAGCCUGGAGAAGAAGUAUGCUAAGAAAGUAGAUGAUCGUUUCGGCGGUUAUGUGGCCUGUUCGCUGCUGGUCUUCUGUUUCAUCUCUUUUAUCCAGAUCAUUGUAUUCCCUCAUACUCUGGUCAUGCUGGGAAUAUACAUCAGUAUCUUCAUCAUUCUUGCCAACAUCCUCUUCAUCUGUGCCAUUUACUCCUGUGUGAAGCUCUUCCCUGCUGCUAUGCAGACUGUGUCUAAGAAGAUUGUUCAGUCUCGCACCAACAGCACACUGGUGGGAGUUUUCACCAUCAUCCUCGUCUUCAUCUCUGCCUUUGUCAAUAUGUUUUCCUGUGAUACACGGAAACUUGUGGACUGUGUAGCGGAGCAAUUUAACUGGUCGUCAGAAAUGGUGACUCCCUGUGUGAUUCACAACUUGUCUCGCUCUGCAGCCGACGGCCUGAAUAUCUGUCCCAGCAACACUCCCUCCUGCCCCUUCCCUGAGUAUUUCAGCUACAGUGUACUGCUGACCCUGUUGGCCUGCUCAGUGUUCCUGCAGAUCAGUAGUAUAGGGAAGCUGGCUUUAAUGCUGCUCAUCCAGCUCACUUUCCUGCUGCUUGUGGAGUGGCCAGAGGUGGCGCUGUUUGACAACGCAGACCUCUUCGUUACUGCCAAUGCUCUUGUUUUCAAUGAAACUCUGCAAUGGUCCAGUCUCAAUACAACUACUGAGCAGUGUACUUUCAGGGUGACUAAAGUGUCCCUAAAGGUCAUGACCCCGGUGAUCCUCACUGUUUUUGUACUAGCACUGUACCUGCAUGCCCAGCAAGUGGAGUCAACGGCUCGUCUAGACUUCCUUUGGAAACUUCAGGCCACAGAAGAAAAGGAGGAGAUGGAGGAACUUCAAGCCUACAACCGCCGGCUUCUCCACAACAUCCUGCCCAAAGAUAUCAUCAGUGAGGAGAAAUACCGGCAGCUGGAGAAAAUAAAGACCAUUGGCAGCACCUACAUGGCUGCAUCCGGCCUUAAUGACUCCACCUAUGACAAGGAAGGCCGCUCGCAUAUAACCGCCCUGGCCGACUACGCCAUGCACCUCCGCGAACAGAUGAAAUACAUCAAUGAGCAUUCCUUCAACAACUUCCAGAUGAAGAUCGGACUGAACAUUGGGCCAGUGGUCGCUGGAGUUAUUGGCGCCAGGAAGCCACAGUAUGAUAUCUGGGGAAACACAGUAAACGUGGCCAGUCGGAUGGGAAAAAAAGAGCUUUCCGAGGCAUCUGGGGAAAAGCCACAGCAUUGGAUACCACGAGAGGGAACAAAGACCUGA